CAGCACUGAUUCAGGCUCUGCCACCAUCUACAGCAGCUCUGCUGGUCAAGACUGUCUGUGAGGGUGGACAUAUUCUACUUCUGUGCUACUCACACGGUAGUCACAGGCCCGCCUGCUGACUGGACCCUGUCAGAGCACAGCUACAGGACUGUAAAGAGAGAAGUCACUUGUGUCCUCCUCUCACUUGAGAUGAAACUCCUUCUGCUGGUUGUUCUGCUCACAGCAGGUGCUACUGCACACAGCAUCAGCCGUCGGGCUGUGAAGAGGUUUGGAAAUGCCUUUGAAUGUAAUCCCAAGAGUGAUUUAGAGACACUGGAGCGUGAACCCGAGAGAAAUUUCUUUUCGAGGACCAUUCAUCCCUUGUCGGUGUACAGAGCAUUUGGCUGCUUCUGUCCUGAAAUCCUAAGAAUCAGCCCUCAUGAGUUUAAUAAAUUCAGGUGCUGUGAGAAUCAUAAAAGGUGCUAUGAAGAGGCAAAGAAGCUUGGAGACUGUAAAAUUUACGAAGACAACCGCUAUGACAUUCCCUAUUAUUACUUCUGCUCUGGGAGGAAGCUCAUCUGCAGGGAUAAAAACAAUGCCUGUCAGGAUGCCAUCUGCAACUGUGACCGCAAUGCUGCCAGCUGCCUCUUACGGGCAUUUUCUGACACGAUGUUUGAAAAAGUUGGCUUGAACACCUUCUGUUAGACUUAUCACCUCAUUUACUGCCUACACCUCCGCUGCCUGACAGGUUGUGUUCACUGCACACUGUGCCUUCCAAUAAAGCACCUAU